CUUUUCAUUCUCAGCGUCAGAAACAGUUGAUUUGAAGAAAUUAUCCUCUCGUAAUUCCUCUCAGCAACAGAGUUUCAUUUCAUCAAAACCAGAAGAGAUAAAGCUAUCGAGAACGAUGUCUCUGAUCCCUAGCUUCUUCGGUGGUAAACGAAGCAACGUCUUCGACCCUUUCUCUCUGGAUAUAUGGGACCCUUUUGAGGGGUUUCCCCUUUCAGCUACUCUCGCCAACCUCACUUCCUCCGGUGGUGAAAGCAGCGCCAUAGCCAACACUCGCGUGGACUGGAAGGAGACGCCGCAGGCUCACGUGUUCAACGUGGACCUUCCCGGAUUGAAGAAGGAGGAAGUGAAGGUGGAAGUGGAAGAUGGGAAGGUGCUGCAGAUUAGUGGAGAGAGAAGCAGAGAGAAGGAAGAGAAAGAUGAUAGAUGGCACCGCGUUGAACGAAGCACUGGGAAAUUCAUGAGGAGGUUCUGGCUUCCCGAGAAUGCUAAAGUAGAUCAGGUAAAGGCUGCUAUGGAGAAUGGGGUGCUCACUGUUACUGUGCCUAAAGAGGAAGAGAACAAACCUCAGAUGAAGUCAAUUCAAAUUUCUGGUUAAUUAGGUCUUAUGGUUCAGGUCUCAGCCAUUUCCACUUUCCAAAAUUGUCUUCUGUUGUUUCGUGUGUUUCUGUGUUGUUUAUAUUUGUGUCAUGUUCUGUAAAGUGGUUAUGGGAAGUUUGAGUGUUGUAGUUAACUUGUAAAGGCUUUUGUAGAAUAAAUAAACAGUUAUAAUCUUAACGAGCAGAAAGUUCAUAUUUACUCUGUC